AUGCCAGCUGCAAAUUCAUGUAAGACGGUGGCCGUGACGGGUGCGGCAGGUCAGAUCGGCUACGCACUGCUCCCUUAUAUCGCCAGUGGCCGCAUGCUCGGCCCCUCUCAGCAUGUGCAGCUGAACCUCCUCGACAUCGAGCCUGCAAUGAAGGCGCUCGAAGGCGUUCAGGCGGAGCUCGUGGACUGCGGAUACACGCUGCUCGACAAGGUCGUCAUCACAUCCGAUCAGAAGGUUGCCUUUAAGAACGUGGAUGUCGCUAUCCUCUGCGGCUCGUUCCCGCGCAAGGCGGGAAUGGAGCGUAAGGAUCUCCUGCAGAUAAAUGCUAAGAUCUUCGCAGAGCAGGGCCGCGUCCUGGGCGAGGUCGCCGCCCCUGACUGCCACGUGUGUGUUGUCGGCAACCCGGCAAAUACGAACGCCCUCAUUCUGCUUCAGGCCUCACAAGGGAAACUCAAGCCAACCAACGUGACGGCGCUUACGCGACUCGACCACAACCGCGCAACAGCACUCUUGGCGGCGCGCGCCGACGCCAGUGUGGAGGGUGUCAAGAAUUGCAUAAUCUGGGGCAACCAUAGCGGCACGCAGGUACCGGAUAUCAACAGCGCACGAGUCAAGGGCAAGCCCGCGCGCGCGGCUCUGGAGCCGGGUGCGUUCCGUGACGACGAAUUCAUUGCCACCGUGCAGCAGCGCGGUGCGGAGAUCAUCAAACUGCGCGGCCUCUCGUCGGCCCUCUCCGCGGCCAAGGCCAUCACGGACCACGUGCACGACUGGAUGCUCGGCACACCGGAGGGCACGCAUGUGUCCAUGGCGGUGUGCAGUGACAACAACCCGUACGGCGUGCCGGCGGGCCUUAUCUUCUCGUUCCCAGUGACGUGCAGCGCCGGCAGGUGGCAAAUCGUGAAGGAUAUCUACAUCUCGCCAGCCGUGGCCGAUCGCAUCAAGGCCACUACAGCUGAGCUGGUGGACGAACGCUCGCAGGCUGUCGUUGUGUGA